CUUCUUUGUUGUUUUUGUUUGCGUUUCGCGCACACAAACACAACGAGGAUGAGGAAGAAGCGAGGUGUUGUGGAUGUGACUGUGCAUGAGGACGAUGAUGAGGAGGAGGGAGGUGUCAGAGGGGCAAGCAGCCGCAAUGGUGGUGGGAGAAGGCGGCGAGGGAUGGGAUCGAUAGGUAGCAGUGGCAUUGGACACGGAAGAGCACGACAGCAGGCGGCGAGUGGUGCACGUGAUGAGCGUGUGGGGGAACGUGUGCCGUUGCUGGCAAAGGACGAUCCAGAUGAGACCAACGUCUCCUCCUCCUUCUCCUCCUUCUCCCCUCAUGCGGAGACACGCCUUGGCGUUCCAGCCGCAUCUUCGCAACGAGACUCCCUUGCGAGGGAGGAGCAGGCGGCACGUGAUGCAGAGCUUAAGGCGAUACAGCGCAAGUCCAGGCGGUUUUCGGAGAGCGAGGCAGAAGCCCAACUUGGCCCGUUGCUGGAGGAGGCCGAUGAGUCCAGCGUCGAGUCCCAGGUCGCUCACGUCACAACUCACGCGCACCCCUUUGACAGCAGACCCUUGUCAACCGUGGACGACUUGGCACGCCAGCAGCUGGUCGGGGCGCGCCCGUUUUCCGGUGUCGAGGAGGACAUUGACAACGCGCAUCGCGAUCUCACGCCAGACCAGCUGAUCCAGAAGUUGCAAGCGCUGCCGGUCGACUUCCCCAUUGGAAUGAAGCGGAAACUGCAGCUGCGCAGAACACUUCUCAAUGAGUUGAGGCGACAGGGUCAGCUGGAGCAGGCGCUUCCACAGGAGCGGCGACACAAACAGAAGCGAGCGCUGACGACUGCGUGGUCGUCGCUGCUGCCCUUCUCCCGCUCCCUCUACGUCAUCGAGUCGAAAUUCGGCACAGAUGUCGCAUCGUACUACAGUCUUGAUGCAUUCACACGUGAUGUGCACGCCUUCUGCUUGCAUCAGGGUGGAUACUACCUGCCGUAUGCAUAUUUCGUGGCCAUGUUCGUCUACUUCAUGAUCCAACUCAUCCUCCUCGUGCAUGAGCUAGUUCCCCGCCUUGAUGCAGACAAGUCUCUGAAUCCCCUCCCCGUCUCAUCCAUAUUUCUCACGUGGGACUUCAAAGUGCGAACGCGAAAUGACGCGGAGACGCACCGCGCGCGCUUCAAGAAGAACAUGCACGCGGCCCUGGAAAAGGUGUACAGCAUUGUGGCGACGGCGGUGUUGCUGCUGUAA